CGGUGGCACACCGAAUCUGCGGGCCGUCCAGGAAGGCGCCGUCCAGAGCGUGCAGCGGCGCAGAGCUGCUCGGCGGCGCGGUACGGCAGGUUGUUCCGAGUCUUCUCUCUGCACCUCCCCACCUUGUAGAAAUACAGCUGCGAGGAUAUCUACCACCCCCAGACCAACCGCGGUCCCGAGUUGGGGGUUGGGGGCGCAGGAGGAGGGGCACACGAGGCUUGGGCCCAGCGCGGGGGGCGGGUCCGAAGCUGGGGGCCCAGAUCGGGAGCCGAGCCCUAGGACCCAGGCAGCUGCGGAGCCGAGCGCUGCAAGCUGCGGGGCAGCCACAGCCCGGCCGGCCAUGAACUCGGGACCAGAACCCCGGACAACCCGGACAUCAUUCAGCAUCGCAGAUAUCCUAGGCCCGCGCGUGAUCCUUCGAGAACCCUCUACGUCCCAGCUUCCGGAGUCGAGUCCUGGUCCCAGGUCGCCUCUGUGCGCGCUGGAGGAGCUGACUAGUAAAACUUUCCGCGGAUUUGACCGGCACGCUCCGGAGCCCUCUAAAGGCCGCGCCGCCCCGGGUGCGCUGGGCUCUGGCCAGGCCGGCCGCAGGCGGCGAAAGUCACGCACGGCGUUCACGGCGCAACAGGUGCUGGAGCUGGAGCGACGCUUCGUCUUCCAGAAGUACCUGGCGCCUUCCGAGCGCGACGGGCUGGCAGCGAGGCUCGGCUUGGCCAACGCACAGGUUGUCACGUGGUUCCAGAACCGGCGCGCCAAGCUCAAGCGCGACGUGGAGGAGAUGCGCGCCGACGUGGCCUCGCUGAGCACGCUGUCCCCCGAAGUCCAAUGCCGCCUCUCGUUGCCUGACGGCCCCCCAGGACCCGGCCCUGGCCGGCUUGACAACGCGCACCAUCUGUCUGAAGAGGAGAUACAGGUGGACGACUGAAGGCAAAUCCCCCGCCGCCCUGGGCCCCUGGGUCCCCAACUCCUUGCCUCCGUGCUCCGCGACCUCUCUGGGUUCUGGGGUGGAGGGAGGGUGUGGAUCUGGCCUCCUCUGGCUUAACAGUCCAGAUACUCAACUUCUCCCAAUUGUUAAGAAUAAAAUGGAGACUCUGUCGCU